GAAUAAACAGGAAACAAGUGUCUGCGUAGUCUUCCCCCAGGCCCCAGCCUCCACAACGUGUUUGGAAUCAGUCUCUCCCUAACCUCUGCAUUUCGUUUUUGGUCAAAUCCCAAUCACAAUUUCGUCAACGCAAUUCGACCAAUCCCGAUGCGGAAACGGAAUCCCAAUUCCCCAAAAAUCAUGAAAUUCUAAUUUCGAUUCGUUUCUGAUUAGCCGAAGAUCAAUACCAGCAGGAAUGGCGUGGAACGCGUUCAAGCUCUGCACGGCGCUGCGAGCCCUCGGCUACAUAAUGGUCCUGAUCGUUGUCGGCAUAGUCGGCCUCACCUACUACGCCGUCGUUUUGCUCAAUUACUUACCGGCGCUUCUCCGAGGAGGCGUCGACGCCCUUAUUGCUUUCCCGCUCUUGAUUUUGUUCCAUUUUCUGUUGGUGAUGCUGUUGUGGAGCUACUCUUAUGUUGUUCUAACGGAUCCUGGGGGUAUUCCACCGAAUUGGAGGCCUGAAAUAGAUGAGGAGGGAGGCCAGGGAGCCCCAUUGGUGGAAUCAGAAUACAGUGGUGCAGGUAUAGUAUCCAACCAAUCUGUCAUGGCUUUUGACCCAGCAAAUCAAAAAGUACGUUUCUGUCGGAAGUGCAACCACUAUAAACCACCUCGCUGUCAUCAUUGUUCUGUUUGUGGGAGGUGUAUUUUGAAAAUGGACCAUCAUUGUGUGUGGGUGGUCAACUGUAUUGGAGCAUUGAAUUACAAGUACUUCCUUCUUUUCUUGUUUUACACAUUUCUUGAGACAACUCUUGUCGCAUUAUCAUUAUUGAGAUAUUUCAUGGCAUUUUUUACCGAUGAAGAGAUAUCUGGAACACUGGGAACUGUUGCAGCCAGUUUUAUCACAUUUGUUUUGAAUUUAGCAUUUGCAUUGAGCGUUUUGGGCUUUAUGCUCAUGCACCUAUCAUUGGUGGCAUCCAAUACCACCACAAUUGAGGCAUAUGAGAAGAAAAAUACUCCCAAAUGGCAUUAUGACCUUGGUCGAAAGAAAAACUUUGAACAGGUGUUUGGGACAGAUAAGUGGUAUUGGUUCAUUCCUGCAUAUUCAGAGGAGGAUUUAAGACGGAUACCAGCUCUUCAGGGGAUUGAUUACCCAACAAGGCCUGAGUUGCAUGCACUCCAGCAGUUAUAAGUAAUCACUGUUAAGGAAGGACAAACUUGCAGCUUUUUCCUCUUAUGCACAGUAAUAAGGGCAGCUGGGAUGUGUCUCUUACUUGCAAGGCUCUUUCCUUACCAAUUCUGUGUUAACCUGCGGGCAGAAGUAUCAGCUCAGGUUGUGCUUUAGCUUGGGAGACAUCAUUGUUUGAGUUUUGAGAGGAAUGGAAUGUCUUUUAUAGGUGAUGUCUAGCAUUCUGAACAUCAAUAAUUUAUUUAUACUCAUUAGAAUUUAGAAGGUGGGAUUUGUGAGGAUGCGUGGAUGCGUAGAUGCGUUAGUCUGUUACAUUUGUAUAGUGAUCUGAUGUAUGUGCUUUAUCAUAGAGACUUUUUCUGUGUCAUAGUUUUGUUUGCCUGGCCUGGAUGCCUCUGAGGCUUGUUAAUCCUGUAUCAUACAAACCAAUUCUCUCGAACCAUGCAUGUUGGAGAUAUUGUAUAUAAAAUUAUAGAUGCAAAGUUUAUUAUUCA